GCUGAGUAACUAGGAUGGCCUUGGAGGAGGGGCGAGGGACAGGUCUGGCUAGUUCUGCCCUGUUGUUCAUACACAGGAUUACCUCAUAUGUCCCAACUGGCUUCCCCGCCCAUCUGGUGAGGGCUGGCCCUCAGCCCUCCAGCCCCCUUUUCCUUACCUGCCUGGGAAGCCAAACAUGGAUCUUCCCGUCAACAUCAGCUGAGCCUGGAGGCUUCACCCCUCUGGAGACCAUGGAAAGAGACAGCCACCUGAAUGCCUCCCCAGCAAGGACGCCUCCAGCCCGGGCACCGCUGGCCUGUGCAUGCCCAGCCCGGGUAUCACCUCCCAGGUCAUCGCCCGGCGGGUCAUCGUCUGCCAUGUCAGCCUCCAUGACAUCGUCUCCAGCGAGAGUACACCUUGUUAGAGCCACACCAGUGAGGGCCGUGCCUGUCGAGGCAUCUCCUGCCAGGUCCACACCAGCUGCCAGGGCCACCAGGGAGAACCCAGGUAUCCACUUGCCCAAGUUCACCAGGAAGGAGGGCCUGAAGCAGCUGCUGCUCAUCGGAUGUAUCUUCUUCCUCAUUGCCCUCGUGGUGUCCCUCAUCGUUCUCUUCUACUUCUGGCAGGGCCACGUAGGGAUCAAGUACAAGGAACCGGUAGAGAGCUGCCCCAAGCGUGCUGUGCGCUGUGAUGGGGUCGUGGACUGUAAGCUGAAGAGCGACGAGCUGGGUUGUGUGAGGUUUGACUGGGACAAGUCUCUGCUUAAAUUCUACUCUGGAUCCUCCCAUAAGUGGCUUCCCAUCUGCAGUGACAGCUGGAAUGAUCUCUACUCGAACAAGACCUGCCAGCAGCUGGGUUUCAAGAGUGCUUUCUGGACAGCCAACGUGACCAACAGGAAUUUUGACAGCAGUUUCUCAAUCUCCAAAUAUAGUUCCACCUUCCAGGAGAGCAUCUACAGGUCUGAAUGCCCUUCCCAGCAGUAUGUGACUCUCCAGUGUCCCAGCUGUGGACUGAGGGCCCUGACCGGGCGGAUCGUGGGAGGGGCGCUGGCCCCAGAGAGCAAGUGGCCUUGGCAAGUCAGUCUGCAGUAUGCCCACACCCACAUUUGUGGGGGGACGCUGAUCGAUGCCCAGUGGGUUCUCACCGCCGCCCACUGCUUCUUCUUGACCCCGAAUAAGAUCCUGGAGGACUGGAAGGUGUACGUGGGCACCAACAACCUGCACCAGCUGCCCGAGGGAGCCUCCAUUGCCCAGAUCAUUAUCAACAGCAACUACUCGGACGACGAGGACGACUAUGAUAUCGCCCUCAUGCGGCUCUCCGAGCCCCUGACUCUGACCACACAUGUGCAACCUGCCUGCCUCCCCAUGCAUGGACAGACCUUCAGCCUCAAUGAGACCUGCUGGGUCACAGGCUUCGGCAAGACCAAGGAGACAGAUGAGAGGACAUCCCCAUUCCUCCGGGAGGUGCAGGUCAACCUCAUCGACUUCAAGAGGUGUAACAACUACUUGGUCUACAACAGCAACCUCACCCCGAGGAUGAUGUGUGCGGGGGACCUGCGGGGAGGGAGAGAUUCCUGCCAGGGAGACAGCGGGGGGCCCCUGGUCUGCGAGCAGGACCGCCGCUGGUACCUGGCAGGAGUCACCAGCUGGGGCAUUGGCUGUGGCCAGAGAAACAAACCCGGCGUGUACACCAAAGUGACGGAAGUCCUGCACUGGAUAUACAGCAAGAUGGAGAGUGAGACGCGCUUCUAGAAAGCCUGAGUCCGGCUCCACCGCACGGCGCUGGCUGCUGUAAAGACUCUGGCCAAUGUGACCGGGCCAUAGGCACCAUCAUCUGGGCUAAAGGCCACCAGACACCAUCGUUACUGCCACCUCCACUGUCUGCUGCCUCUGUGAAUACACAUGUGUGUGUGUGUGGGCACAUGUGUGUAUCACUGCUUUCCCAAGGUCUUCAGAAACCAGGAGCGCUGUCAGCUCUUCUCAAACGCCAGGCUGGAAAUCACCUGAAGAGAACUGUUUGGACACCAUGGAGGUUCCCACAGGGGUGACCAUAAUGGAUGCAGGAGGUGGAGCCCAGGGAAGGGCCUGGAAGGUCACAUCAGGAAUUCUUGCUUCUCUGACCCUAACUUGGAGACUAGUCCAGAAUGGGCUGCCCCCCCGCCUCCAGUGGCCCAGUCAUCACUGCUGUCAGGGGCCAGUAAUAUGCUUCAUGGAGUACUGGGACCAUCCCUAGUGGGAAGAUAUUCCCACUGACCUUCUGCGUGGCCUCUCCCCUCUCAGCCCUCCCGCUGGGGCCGUGUCGUGGCUCUCCCUGCGGACAACUCAGGACAGGGCCUGCUGUCCUCGUUUGGUCACAGGCUGUUGGAGGCAAAUUUCAUUUCAUUUUAUUUUUAUAUUCAAGAAAUAGCAGUAGAUGUAUUUUUAAAAAUUCUCCACAAAUCCCAGGAGCAAAAGAAUCUAAAAGAAAAAAGAGUGGAUAUGUGUACAUGUGUAACUGAAUUACUUUGCUGUACACCUGAAACUAACACAACAUUGUAAAUCAACGAUCCUCCAAUAAACAUUAAAAAAAAAAAUUCCAGGAGCCAAGAGAGCUAACGUCAAUCACCUCAGGAACUCAGAGGGACUCCCGGCAGCUGAGCCCCUCUGCAGUCCCACAGAAGGCUCCUGCCCUCAGGGGGGCCUUUGAGAUACUCAGGGAAGCAAAUCCUCACUUGGACUGGCGGACAAAUCCGUCACAAAGAGAACCACAACUGUUGCUGCACCCAAGGGCUGCAGGAGCGUGAAGGAACCGAUGCUGCUUCUCUGUUGGCCCCGGAGCCUGGGAAAAUCCAGGUGGAUGGGCAUCCCUGGUACCCAGGGCUGUCCUGGGACUUUGGAAUUUCUUCUCAGCUUUCUCCAUUUCAGCUUCUCAUAGACACAGUGUUGCCAUGAAAACUGCCUUGGAGAGAAAGCUGGCUCUGUCCCCAGGCCCUCCAAGCAGCUUUUCUGAAGGAUCCGAGUUGCCCCUCCUGCAGGGCAUCAGUGCGUCUAGUCCCUGCACCAGCUGAAGUCCUGGACCUUCCCCAUCCUUUUCUCUGGGGCACCCGAUCCUCCCGCAAUCCCAUUCUCCUGCCAUCUUUGGGCCUGUCUGGUAGUGCUAUGACUCCCAUCGGCAGGGUCCGAGCAGAUCAGCCCAGCCCAGCCCAGGCAGGCGGCUGCCCGGGGGAGACACUGUUCUGGAAGAGCAGUUGGAAUUGGCUAGCGUUCACUGGGCGGGGUCUGAGGGGAUUGGUGACAUGUUAUCACAGCUGGGGCUUUUUGGGGGACGGCAACAUUCACAUCCACAGCACCCCUAGCAGUCGUCUUCAGCAAUAAAUGUUGUGUGACCUGAAAAA